UGGCAACACUGUCGUAAUCCUAGAAUAUAGAGGACCUUGAUUAGAAUAACCACGAGACUAGCCAAUAGGAUUAUAGCGCAAUGGCGGAUUCUGCAGCAGCUAAUUAUUCAAAAUCUCUAGGAAAUUUGGAUAUGGGCAUUAAUCUUGAAGAGAUACAUAAUGUUGCUGUUUCAAAGCUGCAGAAAUUGAACGCGCUGAAGGAAAAACGGGAACAUCUUGAAGAAGAAGUUCACAGUCUGACAACAGUUCUGCAGGAUCUCAAGAUGGUUAAAAUGAAUAUUGAGGCGGACGACAGCCGGCUGGCGUGCCGCACCCUGGAGCUGGAGGGGGACCUGGGGCGCAGGCGGGAGCGGCAGGACGUCCUGGCCUCGGAGGCCUCGCAGCUUCGCGGGAGCCUCGACUCUCUCCGCAGCACGCUCGUGCAGGACUUGCAGAAUUAUGAAGCAAAAAUGAAGAUGAUCUUCGGGAAAUAUCAAGAUGCCCAUGAAAAUUAUGUCCAGCAGGCCCUGGAGGACCGGCUAGAGGCGCUGGCUCGAGAGAGAGACCUGGCCCGGCAACAGGGGGAGGGUCUCAUGGAGCGUCUAGCUCGGGCGCGCACUUCCUUCCAGGCCGUAUUUUACAAACCUCAGCGUCUGGACGUUGACCCUGCUGCUCUGGUGGCUGUUUUGAAGCAGAUGGAGGCUGACGCGGAGAAGCACACAGGUGAUAACGCAGAGUUGCGAGGUCAGCUGGAAGAGCUGCAACAACAACACCAGAAAGUGACUUAUCAGUUGCAAGAGCUAACCACCCUCAAAUGAUGUAUCUGUCAAAAGCUCCGUGUUUGGUAUGUGGAUGUUUGUUACUAUCAUCAUUAAAUUAAAAUGUAUUUUAUCUCUCUAGUUAUAUAAAUAUUACGUAAUUCAUUUCACUACUAUGCAUAGCUAGUUAUCAGUAACAUAAAAUUUUGAAUAAAACCCACUAAGAGCAUUGAGUAAACUCAUUUUAAGAUUAAAAUAAAAAAAAGUGUAUUCAGAUAAAAAAAAAAUAUAAUUUUUAGUGAUAAGUUUUGAAGUGUACGCCAGGCAAAUGAAUUUUUUCUGAAAUAAAUAAUUUUUAAUGAACA